AAGCUUCACACAGCAGCGAGCGCACGGAGGAACGCACCGCACGCCAGGAUGGACAACGCCACGUACAGCUACCCGACGGACUGCACGCCGCUCACCGGCUGCAAGGCGGCGAGGAAACCCGCCAGCUCCACCGUCGUCAACAUGGGCCACGGGGGCGGCAAGGCGCCCCGGGACUACCUGCUCUGGUCCCUCUGCAACACCCUGUACGUCAACUUCUGCUGCCUGGGCUUCAUGGCCCUCAUCUACUCAGUGAAGGCUCGGGACCAGAAGACCCUGGGGAACCUGAGGGGCGCUCAGGAGUGCUCGGACAAGGCCAAGUGGUACAACAUCCUGGCGUCGGGCUGGAACCUGCUGAUCCCGCUGCUGGCGCUGGUGCUGCUGGUGCUGCUGCUGGUCCACCUGGGCAGCGCCGAGGGCACCUACGACUUCUUCGGAGAGGACGGCUACCAGAGCUUCAUGAAGCUGUUCAGCAGGUAGACCGGACGACCGGACGACCGGACGGACGGACGGAGAGAAACAGGCAGAGCAGUGAUUAACCAGCUCACUCCACCUCCCACCCCCCUCCCC